AUGUCUACGGCUACGACUAGGCCGCCAUUGUCCACGCACCGUACCUCGAUAUCCGGCUCCACGAACCCCCUUGCUGCCACCCGCUUACCCUCUCACUCUCGCAACAACUCCCACACACACUCUGCUCUCUCUGGUGCUCUCAAUGCUGCCCACCGUGUCCACCGCCGCAAGAGCAUAACCAGCUCUGGUGCCAACAUGGCUGCUGUGGCAGCAGCUUUAACCGAAGCCGGCGACAAGAUGACCCCCCUCCCCAUGACCAUCAAUGGCCGUCGCGGUACCAGUGCCAUCUCCAAGCCCGCGGUUUCCCGGUCCUCUGUUGCUGGCAGCCUACCUUCGCCGCCCGCGAGUCUACCGACCCACAAGUUCGCCAUGACCGGCAAGCCGGAAGAACAAGGAAGUGCGAUCGAUGAUGACUCCAACGACAUGUCUGCUGAGGAAGGCGAGGACGGGCUGCAGAAGGCUCGCGUUCGACGUGCUAGUGACGGCCAACCUCUCACAAAGGAUGGCAAGAAGAGCAACCGUAUCGAGCUUCAUUGCGACAAGUGCGGAAAGACAUACAAGCACAGCAGUUGCCUGACCAAGCAUUUGUGGGAACAUACUCCCGAGUGGUCGCUCACUUCCAAGCUCCUCAUCUCGAAACACCAACAAGUACAGCUGCUCGAAGCGGCCUCAGUGCUUGUGCAGAUGAAUGUGAACAAGGAUGAGGCCACCACACCUCCGGAUUCUGCUCGCGAUUUUGGCAGUGAACCCGAAUCAGCUGCGUCACCAGCCGCGUCUGUAUACUCAGAUCUCCACGAUGGUCGAAGCUCGGCAGACACGACCCCUCCGCCGACAAGCGAGCCUUACCAUGGUGGCUUCAACUUCCGCAACGCCAAGAGGUUGAGCAACGGUAGUACUUUUGCACGAUCAUAUCAAUCAACCACGUCCAACGGUUUCUUGUCUGGCAGCAUCUCGAACGGCUCCGGAUUUGGCCACCACCGUCAUGGCAGUGCAGAUCGCCGUCCGACGUCGUCCGGGUUAGGCAGUUCUGGUCAAGAAGACAAAGAUCUUGCCGCCGCGGUUGAACUUCUUAGUUGCAGCUUCAACAGCAAUGGGGCUUCUCGAGAUACCCGGCUUCCUCAGGACGCGCCACCAGUGCCCCCAUUGCCGGCACAGUACCUUGACCAUGCUGCAUUCACCAGCACCAGCUUCUUCAACAGCUACUCGGCGCCACAAAUGCCCGAGAGCUUCACACGCGGUCAAUACCCUCACACUGAGGACGUGAAAAUGGAAGACAGCGAGAUGGACAAUGACGAUGACGACAGACGGUCCAGAGUCCGCAGCGAAGACGACGACGACGGUGUGUUUGGCCGUAUGGAGGAGUGA